AUGAUCCGCACAAUUUAUCUUCCUCUUGGACGUGAGAACCGUGUUUUCUCUGAAGUUCGAAGCAAGCUGUUCCAGUUCGGUCUGGUCUGCUCUAAAGUUAGAAAGCUUUCGCCGGUGCCUGCCGUGAUGCAUGGUCAUUUUGAUUUCGGCCAGUUCCUUUCGUCCCCCGGGGUAUUUGCUGACAGGGACGUGAACGACGUAUCCCUCCUAGGCACGGCGACGGUGCGAAAUGAUUGGAUCACAAGUUUUUGA